AAGGUCUUACCGGUUGCGUAUCCUUAUCACUUUGUGAUUUUACUCGUUGAUUUUAUCAAUGAAAUGCAUCGUUCCAUCGUUCGACAAUGACACCAAAACACUUGAAGUGAGAUGUAAAUUUCCAGCAAUUUAUUUCAACUUUGUGCAGUUGUGUCUUAAUUGACUAUAGUUGAAUUGUAGUUUUUUUUCAUCGGUCAAUUAGUGUUACCGUGCUUUUUCUAAUAUCAAUUGAGUAAGAUAGUUUGCCGAGUAAAUGGAGUGAUUUCAGUCGAACGUGAUUACUGGUGUAUUCGCUCGACUCAUUGAAAAGUUAACAGAACCGAACGUGAGUUGAAUUGAAAACGGAAUAUUGUCAUUUGCGUUUAAAAUUUUAUUCAAAAUGGAAUCCAGACACUUGCAAGAAACCCUUCCUGUUUUUCAUAUCUCCCCCCGGACAUUGCAGGAGUUGGCUGCAUCCCAAUGUGCGCUCGAUUGCUGGCAUAAUGUAAUAAUAAUGAGAAACAUCGGCUUGGAUGAGAUUUGUAGUGAAAACUGGUUAAGGGAGCAUCUCAGCUCAUUCAGUUGCACUGAUAUUGCACCUUUUCCAGCAGGUGUCAGGUCUCUAAUCGAUCAUAAAAUACGACCGAUUGGAAAAGCGCUUCACAAUUGGUUCAGGGAUCAUCCAUUCCUCGAAUUAUCACCCGCAGUUGUGGUGAAUUGUGUCGUGUUGAACCCCGCAGCUGGCGAUAUAUGCUACAAAAAAACAGCCAAGAAUUUACCAACAGCGAAUCCAGCAUUCCGUUUGAAAGAUCAAUUCGAAAUCGCGUGUGAAUACUGCUUCGAGGAAGAAGUCGAGCGUUUGUGGUUAUUAUUGGAGAACCGUGAUUUCUAUUCCUCGUGCGGUUUUCAGAAAUCGGUUCUCGCUGUCGGAGCAGUGGAUUAUUGGUGUUCAAAAAUGAGAGGCGAAUUACUAAAAUUUUAUGGAAAUUAUGAUGAAAAGGCAAGAACGCCUGAAUGGUGGGUGCUUUCAAAUUGCCGAUAUCCUCGUACAGGUAUCGCCAAAUGGCCACAAGUUGAAUAUUUCUGGCAUCAAUUGAACCCGGAAGAACAAAAUUCCCUCGUAGGCAUUAUUUUGUUGCUGGAAAAAUUUACGAAACAUUUCAUGCUGAAAUUGGAUGAAACGAUGCUUGGCGAUCUUUCGAUAUCUCAACUGUGUCGGGUGGUUGAAAUUCUCGCCGAAGAUGAAUCAUGCCAUGAAUAUGCGUUACAAGUUUGGAGCUACGCGAAUGUGAAGAUUAUAAUUGAAGAAGAUAAAUACUCCUUUUACAAAACUUUGUACAGUUUAUCGCGUCAUCUGAAGGUUAAAAAUGUCUCGAGUUUACUCAAAGAAAUAUGGCUCUCUGCUUCAGCCGAUUUUAAGGAUUACGUCUUGUGUAAUCUGGAAGAUUUAUUCGUGGAGAGUUUUGGAGACCUAGAUAGCCGAUCAUUCGGUUGCGAUGUUGCUUUCUUUAUCGAACUGUUAAGUGGAGUCGGGAUCCGAAGAAGGCAACGAAUUUGGGAAUGUUGGUGGCGUGAAUUUUUUCUUCUUGCCCAAGUCUCGGAUAUACUUAAAAUAAUGACAUUAUGUUUCAAUAAUGCAGACGAUAUUGUUCAGUUUAAGAAAAAAUACAUGUUGGAUUUCGACAAAUUGAGUGAUAUUUUCACGGAAUUAAUCGAAGGCCGAGUUUUUGAUGAAUUAGUCGAGCAUUUGAAAUUUUGUUGUUCGGAUGAUGAGGAUGAAAAAUUUGUACGCGAGGCAAGAAAAAAACUCGUCCUUGAAAACUUUGGUGAUCUGGAGCCGAUUUCUUGUAAGUUUUUGCAAUUUGUCCUCGAUUCAUUCUCGUCAGCAGAUUUAGUUGAGCUGCUAAAUUGGCAGUUUCAGGAUAGAGAAGCAAAUAUGUUAUCUUUGUGUAUUUUAUACGACUCCGGCGAAUUGCAUAUUUUUAACAAAGCACUGCGUUGUUUCAAGUUUCCCGAUCAACGUGUAAUCGAAUUGAAGCAGUUUUUCUACGAACGAUGCCAGUAUGUUUUAAUGUCUGGCGAUUUCAAUUCAUUUUUUGUGCAAGAUUGGGAGGGUUUCUUAUUAUGGUGUUCCUCCAGUGUUGAAAAUGUAAAUCGUUUGAGAGAUUCGAUCGCGAUAGAUGAUCUGUUCGAAAAUCUACUUAUCAACAUGCGCAAGUUUUUCUUAGGUAGUCGAGAUUCAUUUGUUGCGAAAUAUCGUUACGCUCACGUGCGUGUUUUCGAUUCGAUUGAUCGUCUUUUAGGGUGGUAUUUUAGAGAUGACGAAGUUGCGACUGCUGUGAGGCAGUUCAAGUAUGGUAAAGUGAUGGGUUACGAGAAUAGUGAGGCGAUUAAAAUGUUGUUGAGUAUGGUAAACGAGGAAAUUCUUCGGCGUGUUUUACUUUGGUUUUUCGAUAAUGAGAUACCCGAAUUGAGAAAUUUUCUGGUCGCCUUUGGCAUUAAAAUUUUUCCUCGGAAUGUACUUUGGAAUCUUACUCAAAGUUUUGGAUAAGAUGAGCUAACUAUAUUAUAUUUUUUUAAAUUGUUAAAAAAGAACAUUUUGAGUAUUUGCAUACCUGGUUAAUGCAAAUCAGUUUUUGUUACUCUUGUAAUUUUUUAUCGCUGUCAAUCUAUCUUUUUUUUUCAAGUUUUAGUAUUUAUUCUAGUUUUAAGUACCUACCUAAAUUUUUCAAAAU